GACCAUUUAAGUAUUUUUUAUAAGUUGAAGUUGCGAGAUCAAAGAAAGGAAUUGCGAAGGCUUACUCAUAACCUAUCUCAAGCAUGAAAGAUAAGAGCACCAAGCAUGAUGAAUAUGGAGUUCUGUUGUACUAUAAGUACACCAAAAUCCCUGAUCUUGACGACCUGUUCACCUUCUACAAUUCCAACUGCAGCUCACUCUCCCUUCUUGGGCGUGUGCGCCUUGCCCCUCAUGGUGUCAAUGUCACUGUUGGCGGAAAGUUAUCAGCUUUGGAGGAACACAUUGCUGCAGUGAUGUCAAAGAAUCAUUUAUUUGAGGGAACAGAUUUCAAGCUAGCGACGUGCAGUGAGCCCAUUAAUGACAAGGUCGCAGAGGAAUGUGGGUUUACUAAUCUUUCCAUCCGGAUUGUUAAAGAAUUGGUUACUUUUAGCUCUCAUCCUCUUUUGAAACCGCCUGAAAUAUUAAAUGCUGGGAAGCAUUUAUCUGCAGUUGAAUUCCAUUCAGUUCUUCAGAGUGCUGGGAAAUUUCCCGAGACUGCUGCUUCAGAAAAAGUUAUUCUACUGGAUGCAAGAAAUUUAUAUGAGACGAGGAUAGGAAAGUUCCAUGUUCCAAAUGUAGAGACUUUGGAUCCGGAAAUACGGCAGUACAGUGACCUUCCUUCCUGGGUAGAUACUCAUUCUGAACAGUUACGUGGAAAUCACGUUCUCAUGUACUGUACCGGUGGAAUCAGGUGUGAGAUGGCAUCAGCAUAUAUCAGGUCCAAAGGCGUUGGUUUUGAAAACGUUUUUCAGUUAUAUGGUGGGAUUCAGCGUUAUAUGGAACAGUUUCCAGAUGGUGGUUUUUUCAAAGGAAAGAAUUUUGUUUUCGACCAUAGGGUUUCAGUUGGCAGCUCCGAUGCAAAUGUCUUGGGUACCUGCCUUGCUUGUAGCUCCCCAUUUGAUGAUUACUCUUCACGGAGCAGAUGCGCUUACUGUAGAAUGCUUGUGUUGGUCUGUGAUGCAUGCCAAAGUAAAAAUUCGUUCCAUGUUUGUGAGUUAUGUCAGAAAUACGGUAAGCUUAUUGAAACAGUUACAGUAACUGGAAAUGGAAAUUUUCAGGUGAACUCACUCCCUGCUGAACCUGCAGCUCUUUCAACUCAGGCUUCAAAAAAACUGAGAAUCUUGUGCUUACAUGGGUUUCGUCAGAAUGCUUCUAGUUUUAAAGGAAGAACUGCAUCUUUAGCUAAAAAACUCAAAAAUAUGGCUGAGCUUGUUUUUAUCGAUGCACCACAUCAACUGCAGUUUAUUUACCAAGCCCGCUGUGAUGAUGAAGAAACUGGUGAUAUGUCUUCUAGACAACCAAAAUCUCCACCAGAUAAAGUAUGCAAUAGAAAGUUUGCAUGGUUUAUUGAUCCCGAUACAGAUGGAAAUACAAGCGCUGAAUGGGAAGUAGCUCGAUCCCCUUUUGAUUCUCUACAGUACCAGCAGCAGACUGGUGGUUUUGACAAAUCACUUGCAUAUCUGAAAGCAGUAGUGUCUAAAGAUGGACCAUUUGACGGGAUCUUGGGAUUUUCUCAAGGAGCAGCAAUGGCUGCAUCCGUUGCUGCACAACAAAUGAGUUUGAAGGGUGAGAUAGACUUCAGAUUUGUAAUCUUAUGCUCUGGAUUUUCUGUUAGUUUAGCGGGUAACGAGCAGAAUUCAAUCAAGUGCCCUUCGCUUCAUAUAUUUGGCAGUGAUCACGGUAAGGAUACACAGAUAGCAUUUGAUGCUAGUAGAAGCCUUGCAUCGAUGUUUGAGGAAGGGUGCUCUGUUGUAGUUGAGCACGAUUAUGGUCAUAUCAUCCCUACAAGAUCACCAUAUAUUGAUACGAUCAAAGAUUUCCUUGAGCGAUUUCUCUAGCUUUAAGGUAACUGAAGCUUUGGUAGUUAAACAGAAAGCGUGUGAAUUUUUAUAUUCAAAGUUUUGGUUAUUAAGAUGGAUAUUAUGAUACAAGUAAGAACCAUGCUAUAAGUUUCUAAAAAGCAUUAGGUUGUUGUAAUGUACCCUGUAGCAUUUCGGAUUCUAGGAUUAUAUCAAGUGCAUUUUGAUUGAAAUAAAAACCGAAAUGCUUGUGGAAUUAA